AUGCCAGUCAGAUUAAUUCUUCUUAAUCUUCUUCUUCUUUGUUUGUUUGUUUGUUUGUUUCUUUCUUUCUUUCUUUCUUUCUUUCUUUCUUUCUUUCUUUCUUUCUUUCGUUCCUUCUUUCUUUCUUUCUUCGACCUUGACCUCCUCUUCCUUUUUCAUUUACUACUCCUUUUUCUUCUAUUGCUUUUCUUCUUCUUCUUCUUCUUCUUUUUAUCUUUCUUUUUGUUGUCAGUCAUCUUACCCCCUCCUCAUCAUUUUAUUUCUUCUUUUCAUCUUUCUAUUUGUAAAAGAAACAUUAUGCCUGUCAAAGUAAUUCUUCUUCUUUUCCUUCUUCUUCAUCUUGUCAGCCAAAUUUUUAAAUUCUUUUUCUUCUUUUUCUUCUUGUUUAUCUUCUUCUACUUCUUCUUAUCCGUUUUUGUUUUUAUCUUUCUUUUUAUUCUUAACCACCUUAAACUCCCCCUCCUUCGUCUUCUUCUCAUGUAUUUCUCUUUUCUUCCUCGUCAACAUUGUGUCUCAUUUCACCACCGUUUCUCUUCCUUCUUUUCUUUCUCCUGCUCAAUGCUUUGUUUCUAUCUUCAUCUUUUAUCAAUGUUCCCUCUUUUUCUCUUUUUUCUUCGGUACCUUUUCCCUUCUUUCCAUUCUUCUCCCAAUUUUAUUUCAGUUUUGCCAUCUCUCUUUCUCUUAUUUUGUUCCUUAUCUUUUUUCUUGUCUUUCUUUCUUUUUUCUUUCUUAAGCCAAAAACUUUAUAAAUGUACUAUUUUUCUUUCUUCCUCCUUUUCUUUCUUUCUUUCUUUGUUUUUUUUCUUUCUUUCUUUAUCUAUUUAUUUAUUUCUCUAUUUAUUUAUUUCCAAACAGAUGAGCUUCAAUAUAAACAAUGGUAAAAGUAUAUAUUGUUUUUGUUAUAUUUCUUUCUUUCUUUCUUUUUCUCUUUUUUUCUCUUUCUUUCUUUCUUUCUUUUCUUCUUUCUUUCUUUCUUUCUUUUCUUUUUUGUUUCUUUAUCUUUCUUUCUUUUUUUCUUUACAAAUAGAUGAGCUUCAAUAA